AUGGCCAACCAUCUCUACCAGUACUCGAUUCUCAGCGCCCUAAUGCACGGCAUCUGCCGCGAAGGCACCACCGUGGAAAAUAUCCUCGCACACGGAGACCACGGUCUGGGAACCACAACAGGUCUAAACGGUGAAAUCAUCAUAAUCGACAAUGAAGUAUACCAUUUCCCCCCAGAUGGCAAACUUGUCAAAGUCAAAGCAACGGACAUCAUUCCAUUCGUAAUGGUCACCAAAUUCGAACCAACCUUGACCAAGCAUCCAACCUCGCUGAGCGUAUCCACUCUCUUCCACGAACUCUACCCGUUGCUCCCAGCAAGUCAAAAUUCCUUCUUGUCCAUCCGAGUCGAUGCACUCUUUACCCGGGUGACAUUCCGCGUGAUACCGGGCCAGUCGAAGCCUCGCGAGUCGCUCUCGGAAUUAGCAAAACGACAAGAGAUACGGCACUUGAUCCAGACUCGAGGUGUUCUUUUCGGAUUCUGGUCACCUGGUUUUACCAGUGGGUUUAGUGUGGCUGGGUUCCAUCUUCACUUUUUGUCUGAGGAUCGCAUGCAGGGUGGUCAUGUUAUGGAGUUUGAUGCGGAGGAUGUCGAUCUCCGAGCCGCUGCGAUUAAUCACUAUGAUGUUGAAUUUCCGGCUUCGGGGGGUUUUCAGGAUGAGCCUAUUGGUGAGGUAAUGGCGAGGGAUCUUCAUGCGGCGGAAGGUCAUUGA